AGAUAGUGUUGUACACAGGAAGUAGGUAAUCCUAUCCCUUUUAUGUACAACUAUUUUCAUAGACAUCACUCUUUCUUGCUAUAUAUAUUCCUGAAUCUAGUUGAGUGCAGAGCAAAAGAGAAAGAGUUACUAGCUAUAGCAAGCAAAAGCAAAAAUGACAAGAAAAAAGGUUAAGCUAGUUUGGAUAGUGAAUGAUGCAGCAAGAAAAGCCAGUCUUAAAAAAAGGAGAAUAGGGUUAUUGAAGAAAGUGAGUGAACUAACAACCUUAUGUGGUGUUAGUGCAUUUGUUAUCAUCUAUAGCCCAGAUGAGACUGAACCAAUGAUAUGGCCGUCACGACCACUGGUGGAACAACUACUGAUGAGAUAUCAAAACAUACCGGAAAUUGAACGGUGCAAAAAGAUGAUGAAUCAAGAAAGUUACUUAAAAGAAAGAGUGGCCAAAGUGCAUGAACAAUCAAGAAAGAAUCAAAGAAAGAAUAGAGAGGUGGAGAUGAGUUAUCUAAUGGAUAAACUUCAUAAAGGUAAUGGAGCUGACGAUUUUGAGUUUAAUGAGUUGCAGGUUUUGAUUUGGUUACUAGAAGAGAAAAUGAAAGAUUUAAGAAAAAGAGUGGAGUAUUUUCAACAAGUUCCUCCGCUUCCACCUACAACCUCUUUUUUUCCUCCUCUUCCACCUCCUAAUGAGGGCCCUACUAUGCAAGAAACAGGCCACAAAUUAACCACUACCGCUGGUGCUGCUGCUGGUGGUGGUUCUGGUGGUGGUGGUGGUGGUGGUGGUGUUGAUGCUGUUGGUGUUGUUGCUGAUGAUGGUGGAGGUGGUGGAGAUAUCAGAAAUAGUAAUCUUGGAGAUACUAUGACAUGGGAUCAAUGGUAUCUUGAUAUUAUUAACAAUAACGAUGAUAACCUUGCUGGCGGUACUAAGAAUAAUAUGAUGGCCCAUCACCCAUAUGGCUAUAAUAUCACCCUCACUGGUGGUGAUAUAGGGUUUCCUACUGGGUCCACUGGUAAUAUUUUCAGCCUAAGUCUCCCUUCGAGUAAUAUGAAUAUAGGUGGUGGUGGAAAUCAUUUUGAGAUGGGCCAACAGUCUUUUCAUAGUAUUAUUAACUCUGUAAGUGGACACCCUUUUAGGUUAGGGUUGCAGCCUUAUCAGGGUAACGUUGAUGGUAAUAAUGGUGGAAAUGGCAUAGGACUAGGGAUGCCGCCUCUGGCUACUGAAAUCGAAGCCAGUGACCCAGGGAUGCAAGGACAUUUCGCCGGUGGAAGUGACAUAGGACCGCCAUAUGAUGUUACUAAACCUUGGUAUCAUAAUUUCGCCCCUUGAAUAUUAUUAUCUAGCCUUUGUCAAUUUGAAUUUUAUAUUUAUCUUUUUCUUUUUAGUAUUAAAAAAGGGGAAUCAAAUCUAGAUCUAUUGUCAGAUUGCACUUACUAUUAGGCUAUGCCUUGGUGUGCUAUAUUUAUCUUAUUUCAAUAUGUGUUUUUAUUUUGUGAGUCUCUGCUUAAUCUAUGUUUCCUUCAAAUUGAGUCA